AUGACGGCCACUAUUCGCAAUCAUCCUUAUCAUUUUGAACUCACACUACAAAAAUCAGGAGACCGCACUACUCCAACCACAACCAGCAAUUCUUAUCAUUCUUCCAACAAUUAUUUUACAUGGCUUGUUUUCAUGAAGGCCAAGUGGGUCCCGUUUGAUCCGAGCAAUCAGCACAAGUUAGAGCAGACCCUGAGUGUAGGAGGCACAUUUAUCGACAUUAACGACUCGAAUUUCCCGAGCGUACGAAGGGUGAGAGUGUUUCCAAAAUCAAACUACCUCAGCUAUCUUGGGGUCAAAUACCGUCUCUCUCGUGUGAUGCAGCCCGAUGUCUGGGGGGAUAGGUCUGAUCACACGGCCUUUACUAGCUCAACUCUUCAACACACACCACAUACUAUAUCAUCUCCUCUAGCAUCUCUAUCUCCUCUCACUCCCCUCUUAAGUAGCACCAUAUCAACCGACACCUGGAGUGAUGGUUUUUCUGAGCAGCAAAACCAAUGGCAUACUCCAGUACCCUGUACACCUUACUGA